CAAAGAAUCAACUCAAACCAGCAGUAACAUUCCUUGUCAGUUCUACUUUCAAUUCUGACAGCUAAUACCAUGACAGUGCCAAAUGAACAGUACUACAAGUGUUUUGGGUUGGCUUAAAAUCAUUUUCGAAAGAAAUACCAAUAUUGCAUAUUGUAUUUGUGAAUGAGAUGAUCUACAUUCCAUUAUGACUCGUUCUUUUUAUCGUGUUUUUACUUUUGUCAGUUAUAUUCUUAAUGAAUAGAUUUGGCAGAUUGAAGAAUAAUUUCAAAUCUUGCUAUUUUAACACACGAAUAAGAGAAUUGACGAAACAUUAUUUAUCAAACAGAACUCACUCUAUCAUAUUAGAGACAGUUUCUCUCUGAUUUUUCCGCCGCAUGUGCAUAGUGUCCCAUAAGGCGAAAUUUGUUUACGGCCUUGAACAACCAAUCUCAACCAGUCGGCAUUCACAGUACAGGUUGUAUUCAUUCAUCCUUUCAAAGGCUGAAUACAAAUGUAUUCUGAUGAUUUCCUUGAGUCACCCUCUCACCCGUCACGGUAACUCAUUUACUACUGAGUGGAUUGGAGCAACGUGAAAUGAAGUGUUCACAGUGCACAGCCAGUUCAGAAAUCGAAACCACCAUCGCGCGAUCGUGAGUGCAACACCCUAACCACCAGGCCACGUUCCUUCAUAUAUAUCAACAUAUCUCACGGUGGUGCUCCAGCAUGACCACAGCCACUUGGCUGAAACCCAUAAAUAAAUAAAUAUCGCCUUAGCUAUCUAAUCAGCCUCAUUACAAUUAUACAUUGUAUUUCUAGUCCAAGACACAAGUAUUGUGAAACUAUUCAGUGAGCAAUUUCGUGAAUCCAACUUAGAAUUACCAUGUCUUAAUGUUUAGGUUCAUGUUUUUAAGUAUUGGCUGUCAUUCUCAAUUUCGGUUGUUUUUUUUUGGGGGGGGUGCUUAUGAGCCCUUGGACUCAUAAGGCUGGUUACUCAGUUUAAAUGACUGAGAUCUCAGCACUUCUACUGAGCAAGACAUCUGAGUUCAAGGCCAGCAAUUUUAAAGGAAAGGUACAGAUUGAUUACAACAACCCCAGUAUUUAACCAAUACUUUAUUUUAUCAACCUCAGAAGGAUAAAAGAUUUUCCAAGCAAAUAAAUAACAAAUGUUUAUCAAGCAAGAUGACCGUACGACAAACUUCCAGUGAAAGCACUGUUUACAAAAAGACAUCAAAUGGCAAAUUCCACCUGGAUGAACUUUUUGUGAACCGUGUUCUUCAGUUUAGUUCACAGUAUGGAGCGGCUCAAAGUAUGUGUUACAUUGCCAAUAAUUUAGUUGGACCACCUGAAGUUUAUCCAAAACAUGGAGAUUUCACAUGCACGUGUGUGUUUCGCACAUAUGGACCUUGGUGGAAAAUGGCCCCUUCAGCCCCUAAAAGCUUUGGAAGAUUUUCUACACCUUACCCAAGUGAUGAUUUUGUUGAAAUCUUAUUUGAAAGGAUGGUGUACCCUAUUGGAUUCAAAGUUUAUGAAACAUAUAACCCUGGGGCAAUUGUAAAAGUAAUGGCUUGUGAUAGGUUAGCCGGUACCUGUGUUGACCAAGGUGAUACAAAGUGGAAUUGUGUCUGGUCAGGUCCUCCACAGAAAUGUUCAGAAAAAUGCAGAAUUUUUGAGAUAAGCUUCAAACCAAUUUCCUACCCAACUAAUUUAUUUCGCAUUGAAUUCCAUCACCAAAUGUUACAGUAUUAUACAGAGAUUGAUGCCAUACAAUUGAUAGGUUACAAACCAAAUCUUGAAAAUUAUAUUGUUUCCCAGAUUUCAUUUAGUACAGCCAUUACUUCACCUGCCGCCAUUCAAAGAGAUUCUUUCACUGAAAUGGAUGGAGGUUAUUUUAAACUAUUACCGCAGGAAAUACUAUUUUUCUUGUUGAGCUACCUUGAUCAAGUUUCUUUAUGUUUACUUUCACAAACUUGCAAGUAUCUUAGAGAUAGUACGUAUGAUGCUUUCCUCUGGACAAAAGUCAACUUAAAGCCAUAUUGGUACAAGGUGUCUGAUAAAACUUUGAAUAGUUUGGUUUCAAGAUGUAAAAAGUUGAAUAAAUUAGAUGUCUCAUGGUGUAAUGUAACAGAUUUAAGCCUGAAAGGACUUCUUGUUGCCUCUAACACCAACCUGAUAUGUUUGCGGUUAGCAUGCUGUGAUUUUAUAACUCUGACCUCUCUGCAAAUACUAGUUAAGGCCUGCCGAAAUUUGGAAGAAUUAGAUUUGCAAAAUUGUUCUGGAAUCAACUGCAAUGAAUUUGAGUAUAUUUGCCGACUUGAGCAACUUGAGAAUCUCAACUUAUAUAGUACGACUGUCACAAGUCCUGCUGUACUCCAAAUACUGAAGGGCUGUUUGAAGCUGAGAGUGCUGAACUUGGGUAGCUGUUUCAUGGUUGAAAACUAUGACAAAGUUGCUGAAUAUAUCGCAAAAUAUUCAAGAUGCAUUGAAUGUUUAGACUUUUGGCGAGCACGUUCCCUCAGUAGUAAUGGACUCUUUGCUAUAAUUAAUAACAACAAUAUGUCUCUUCAGGAAUUAGAUCUUGGAUGGGUUCGUUCCUUGCUGUCUGAAUCUGGUUGUUUUAUAGAAUUAGUCCGAAAAUGUCCAAAUCUCAAAAAACUAUUUUUAACAGCCAACAGGACUGUGUGUAAUGAAGAUUUGAUAAAUUUUGCUGAAUAUGGAUGUAAUUUGGAGCAGUUGGACAUCCUUGGUAUUUGGGAAGUGUCUGAAGACUGUGUAUAUAGGAUCCUACAGAACUGCCACAAACUACGUUUCUUGGAUGUUUCCUUCUGUGAUGAUAUCAAAGAAUCUUCUGUGAACUUUUGGCGCCAGGCAUUCCCUCAUGUUUCAAUCAAAAAAAGUUAUUCAACCAAUCAUUAGAUCUACAUAUUCUACAAUUGUUAUCUUUUAUUAAAUAAAGAAAAUUCAUCUGCCAUGACUUGGACCACCAUCCGGGAAAAGAAAAUGCUUUGACAGGUUUUUUUUUUUUUUGCUUUGAGAAAAUUUCUUGAAGAAUCCUUUCGAUAUUUUCCUAUGUUCAGUGUGGUAGUGAAGACUUGUUCUAUAAUCCAUUAUAACCAUUAGAAUCAUCUUCAAGCAAUAUGUGUAGGAAAUGUCAAUCUAGAAAAUACUUUUAUUGACAAGAGGAAUUGAACACAGCAUUGCACACAAGCCAAAUAUUCUUCAAUUUUCCAUUUCUGUAACUAGCAUAAAGUUUUGAAAUACACCUACCCUGUGUAGGUGCCUAUUUAUAGAGGUUGAGCUGUUGAGAAUUUCUCUCUGUUUCAACCAUUUCUACAGAGCAGCAAAAUUGUAACAGAAUAUGAACUACUGACAUCUACGGCUGGUGGUUUGGCAGUUUAUCAAGUCAGUUGUGUGUGUGUGUGGAUAUGGGAAGGAGGCAGGGAGGGAAAGAGGGAGAUGUGUGAGUGGGUGUAUGGGGAAGAGAGUGAAGGUGAGGGGAGACCGAGAUGAAGGGGGUAGAGUCUUUUAAACUACUCUUUCUCUGGCAACUAUCCUCUCAUCAUGCUUUUAAUCAUUAUGGGUUUGUUUAAGCGCAAUGAUCUUCAUCUUUGCACCAUAACAACUACCUUUUGUAUUUAUGUAUAGCCCAUAACUUGGUUCUGAAAGGGAAUGAAUAGAACGUGUGUGUGUGUGCUACACAUUAUUAUUAUUAUUAUUAUUGUUAUUAUUAUUAUUUGAAUCUGUCAUUAGAUCCAAGCCAUGGUUUCUUUUUACUAUUCAAAUAGAUAUCUACUGACUUCAGUGGGUGCAAACCCUUUGCAUAGAGAGAGAGAGCUAUUCAGAUUAAUAUUACUUCUGUUGGCAUAAAGCCAUAUGAGUCUAAUAUUAUAAUUAGAUAAAUAUGGCUUUACACACUUACCUUCAAAUGUAUAGUCAUCAUCAUGGGGUGUUAAAUCUGUAGUUUUUGACUGGAUCCAGUAGCCUUAGAACUUGUUGCUUUUACCAAAUCAACUCCAGUCAGUGGUACCAAAACAACAACUUUGCCAAUAUUAACACACAAACAUUAACAAGUUAAAAUUCACUCUCUUCGAGACACACGUCCAAUAAUGAAUCUAGCAUUGACCUCCCGGCAGCUGUUUAAGUGUCGAUGCCUCUUCAGAAUGUUAUUGUUCUUGACAUUCAAUAUUUUGUCAUCAAGUCCAAGGAAGCAGAGAGUGAGCUUUAAGAUAACUUUCAACCUACCACAGCAGCUUGCAUUAGAGAUUUAGAUUGCUUUAAGUUGGAAAUACAUUGGAAUAUGUAUACAAAAGAAAGUAUAUCUAGAGUUUUUCUCCUCCAGAGAAAGUUCCAUGAUGGCUUCUUUGAUUUCACCAAAUAUCUCUCAACCUAAGCUUCUUGAUUUUUCCUCAAUGGUAAAUCUUCAUUCACUAAUUUCUCAAUUCACCCAUUUGAUGUCCGUUUUUCCAUGCUGGCAUGGGUUGGACAGUUUCACAAGAAGCUGGCAAGCUGAAGAGCUACACCAGGCUCCAAUCUUCUGUACUGGAAUGGUCUCUAUGGCUGGAGACCCCCUUCUUAAUGCCAACCACUUUACAGAGUGAGGACUGGGUGCUUCUUAUGAGGCACCAGCACAGGUGCUUUUUUUGGUGAAUAUAAAUAACCACCAAUAAUAUACUUGGUUCAAUUAAAUCUCUUUAUUCCCUACCAAAAAUAACCUUGUGCCUUUAUUAAGAAUAACAAUAAUUUUUCAUAAAAAGACAGAAGACUUUUUUUUUUUUUCAUUAUUGUUUUCAAAUCUAACCAGAAGCAUUUUAACAUUUCUUAAGAACUGUUCCUAAUAAAACGUUUGUGACAAAAUGGC